CGCAGAGAAGGAGGGAGAGAGAGAAGGAGGGAGAGAGGAAGGAAGGAGGGAAGGAAGGAAGGAAGGAAGGGACGGCAGCCGCUUGGGCCGGGCUCCGAGGCCAGGCGAGGAAGAUGCCGAGGCGCCCCGGCUGCUGCUCCUGCCGCCUCCCUCUCCGCUGCUGCCCCCACGGCGCCCCGGGCCCACGCGGGCCAUGCGGCUGCGCCGACGGGUCCCGCUAACCGCGGCAUGGGAAGCACGAAGCUCUGUCAAAGAUGCACUGGACACCAGAGCAUGCUCAGCCCCUGAAUCAGUGGCCGGAGCAGCAUCUUGAUGUCUCCUCCACCACCUCCUCGCCUGCCCACAAAUCUGACCUCUACCACAGCAGCCGGCAGCGCUUCAACUAUGCCUGGGCCAAUGAUGACAUCUCAGCCUUGACGGCUUCCAACCUACUGAAGCGGUAUGCGGAGAAGUACUCUGGAGUAUUGGACUCCCCUUAUGACAGACCAUCGGCAAUCAACAGCUAUGGGGAUGGGGCCUUUGGGCCCCUCAAUGGUCAGAAGACGGAGAUGGAGCCUUGGCCAAUGACACAUAGCUCAGAGGGGGCAUACCCUUUGACCCCAAUGCAUGAUGGAUUGUCCGGCUCCAAGGGGAUUGUCCCUCCUGCUGUCACCCCAGGAAACAGUCUUGGUACCUCCCCUGUGGUCUCCAGUAAUCUCUCUGACUCAGUUUAUCCUGGUAACACUUGUGGGGGGGCCACUGCUUCUGGCGGCCUUGGGCCACCUCAGGAGUACUCUUCCAGCUACAGUGGAGGCUACUUGUCAUCAGGUUACUGCAGCCAGCCUGCCUCGGCGCUUCCUCCUCCUCCACACCCGUCUGCCUUGCACAGCUCAGGCCUCCUACAGCCCAGCCACCCCACAACCACGCUUGUCCCGGGCUACAGCCCCUCAGGAGCUAUGUACAACUAUGCCUCAGGCAGCUACCCACCUCAGCCUGGUUAUGGUACCAUCCACCCUCCUCACCCGUCAGCCUCUUACUUGCCCUCGGGUAUUGCUGCCCCCACCCCAAUCCCUCCUUCUUCUCGCCCCCCUGUGGUCCCUGGAUACAGCUACCAGAGCCCCCUCCCAGUGCCACCCCUCAGUGGGGAGUCAGGGAACUCUCUGAAAAGAAAGGCCUUUGACAUCACCGGUGAUGAAGAUGAUAGCGAAGGCCGGUAUCGCAAAUACAGCUAUGAGCAACCAAAGUCCCCAUAUCAGAUGUCCGACAGUGGCGAAUGUAGAGGGAAUGGAUUCAACCGCAGCUCUGAGGUGCCUUUCAAAGGUGGGAAAAGGUCUGUGGGAGUGGCGGCGGCAGCUGUGGCUUCAGAGGAGCCCAUAGAGAAAUACAACAGCCAGCCCAUGAAAGGACUCAUCUCGCCAGCUUACAGUGUUGGUGAAGCCCCACUGAGGCCAAGUGAGAGCUUUGAGAAGUUCACCCCUCCCGCUGCAAAUGGUGACCGCGAGGGAGAGUCCUUUGGUCUACGAAUGCAGCCGAAAACACCCACUUUCAGUAGUGACAACAGCAGCCAGACGAUAGAAGAACAACUGAAAACAGUGGAUCCUUUCAUCCUUGAACUAGUGAACAACAAGAUAAUUGACUGUGGCCCUCCGGUGCAGUGGACAGACAUUGCCGGACACGUCUCUGUCAAAGCUGCCAUAGAGGAAGAGCUGGUGUGGCCCAUCCUGAGGCCAGGUGCCUAUACUGGGGUGAACCGACCACCCAAAACCAUCCUUCUGUUUGGACCUCGUGGUGUGGGGAAGGUCCUGUUGAGCAGGUGUAUUUCUACACAGCUGGGAUCCACUCUGCUGAAGCUCAGUGGCACAGCCUUGGUCUCCAAGUGGAAGGCUGAAGCUGAGAAGAUCCUCCAGACAACCUUCUUUGUCUCCAAUUGUCGUCAGCCUGCCGUCAUUCUCAUCACCGAUGUGGAGUCUGUCCUGGAAGACUCCGCCAUCCUGAAGUCCCAGCUCCUCUCCUAUAUGGAUAAUCUUGCUACCUCAGGUGAGCAGAAUGUGGUUGUGAUAGCAACCACAACCAGACCUGGCAACCUGGAUGAAGCCACACAAAGAAGGUUUGCCAAGCGCUUCUACAUCUCCCCACCAGACAACACUGCCAGGCGGCAGAUCCUGCACCAUGCCUUAGCCCAGCAAAACUACUGCCUCAGCGAGAGGGAAAUGGCCUCCAUUGUGCAACUCACCGAAAGCUACUCUGGCAGCGAGCUCCUCCAACUUUGUCAGCAGGCAGGGGCCAAUAAGCUACACGGCUUGCCAGGCCAGCUUCAGCCCACCUCGUACAAAGAUUUUGAAAGCAUUUUCUGCAAGGUUCACCCUGCUGUCUCUCAGAAAGAGCUGGAUUUGUACAUUGAAUGGGAUAAAAUGUAUGGAUCGCGGCAUUAGUGGAGAGUGUCCUGCCUCACCUGUUAGAUCAUCCGGGGCUUCUUUGAGUGGGAGCUUGGGUUUCUCCAAUCGAGAGACCUUUUCCAAUUUUUUCCCCUCUCGGUGCUCCCAUUUCUGUGGGGCAGAACGCCUGCCUGCCUGCCUAUGGAAACAGGGGAAGGGUGAGGAGUCCUUCUAGUCUCUUAGAAAGUCAAACCUCCUGGAUGCAAGAACUUCCCUAGAUUGAUUUGCAUACAUUUGGUUUGGUUUGGUUUUUUUUAAAAGAUGUCUGAAAGUUUGUGUGGUGGUUGUUGGGUCUCUAUGUUAAGGAAAAAGUAGUUGCUCAAUGAACUCAGGAUAAUCUAUUUAUUAUUAAGCUGUUUCCCCUAGACACCCCCUUUCCACACCAGCAUUAUAAAGUGUUCAGACAGGUCUCCCCAGUUCCUUUUUUUUCCAUAGCGCACUUCCUGGAUCUUUCUGUUUGGUCGCACAGGCAUCACACUCGGGAUCAUUCGGUGCAUUCUGUCCUAAUUCAGGUGUGUUUCCAGGGAGAUCCCCCGGGUGUCCUUUAGAGCCUCCAGGAGUAUAAUUUCUGAGGCUGAUGGCAUCCGUGGGUUUUAAGGGAAGGGGCUGUGGGAUGAUUUUUUUUAAAAGUGUAGAUUGUUGAAUAAACUAGCCUCCUUUUUAUUUUUGUAAAAUAUGUAGUAGUGGGUUUUUUGUUUCUUUUUUAACGACUCAGGAAAAAUAAUUUACCUCAAACCAAGAAGAAUGUUUUUGUUUUUUGUUUUAACUCAAGGAAAAUUGUAAAAAAUGUUCCGGAGGGAUUACAGAAGUGCUUUUAAUGGCACGUUUGAUUCCCAUAUUAAAGCAAAAGCGAGAGAGGAAGAAUAAAAGCAAAGAUAAACUUGAAGUUGUUACAAAGAUGAAAGUUGAAUGUAUUUCAGGGGCGUUUCACAAUAUAUUAUGCCAUAACUUUAUUCUUUCUUUUUUUGUUUAAAGAAAGCAUUUUUACCAUAGCAUUUUUGUGGGGUAAUGUGUCUUCAAAGAUUAAGAAGUAUUAGUGCUGUAGUUUUAAAGCCAUGACUAGUACCACUUUUUGAAGGAAUCGUCCAAUGUCAUUUUCAAAUUUCAGGUUGCCAACUCAUUUCCUAUUUUGUUAUGGUGUUGAUUAAGACUUCAGAAUGCAUUAUUACAGUGAGCCUUCUGUAAGCCAAGAAAAAAAAUCUAGUUGAAGCUUCCAAAAUUAUAAUUUGUUGCAACAAAACCAGAUAUAUACAAAAAAAAAUUGUGUCAGGAGCAACUUGCGAAACUGCAGGUCACUUCUGGUGUGAGAGAAUUGGCAGUCUGCAAGGAUAUUGCCCAGGGGAUACCUGGAUGGUUUACCAUCCUGUGGGAGGCUUCUCUCAUGUCCCCACAUGGGAAGCUGGAGCUGAUAGAUGGGAGCUCACCCCACUCCAUAGUUUCGAACUGCCAAUCUUUCGGUCAGUAGUCCUGCUGGCACAAGGGUUUAAUAAGCCGCAAGCUUGUGAUUUUGAGGCAGUGUCUGCCUCUACCAUCAAGUGGCAAACAGGGGUGAUUCAAACUAUCGGAUUCUGUGGCCUCACAAUUCUCCGGCAUGUUCUCAGUGAAAAGAAAAAAUAAGUGAGUUACACUGGAGCUCAUCUACUUAUUUUCCCUCUAACUACCCC